CGAAACAACACAAAACUAUUCUGCACUUUCCCUCUCUCCCCUAUAUUCUUUCAUGGCCAUCUCUGAAACUCAGUCAUCUUCCUCUCUCAUCCCUAAUUUCCUCUACUCCUCUUCCUCCAUUCUCCACUCCACUCUUCCUUCUCAAUCUCCAUCACAAUCCUUCUCCGCUCCCAUGAACCCCUUCCCCAUUCCUUCUCCCACUGACCCCACCAAGAAAUUGGAGAUGUAUUCCCCUGCUUUCUACGCUGCCUGUGCCUUCGGUGGAAGCCUCAGCUGUGGUCUCACUCACACCGCCCUCACUCCUCUCGAUCUUGUCAAGUGUAAUAUGCAGAUUGACCCGGUGAAAUACAAGAACAUUUCAUCUGGUUUUGGAGUUUUGCUAAAGGAGCAAGGAAUCAGGGGCCUCUUUAGGGGUUGGGCGCCAACUCUACUUGGUUACAGUGCUCAAGGUGCUUGCAAGUAUGGCAUCUACGAAUUCUUUAAGAAAUACUAUUCCGAUAUAGUGGGUCCUGAGUAUGCAGCAAAGUACAAGACAUUGAUCUAUCUUGCUGGUUCUGCGUCCGCUGAAGUGAUUGCUGAUGUUGCACUUUGCCCCUUUGAAGCUGUUAAAGUUAGAGUUCAGACACAGCCAGGUUUUGGCAGAGGUUUGUCAGAUGGCCUUCCUAAAUUUGUUAGAUCUGAAGGUGCUCUUGGGUUGUACAAGGGUAUUGUUCCUCUGUGGGGACGUCAAAUCCCAUAUACAAUGAUGAAGUUUGCAACAUUUGAGAACUUGGUGGAACUUAUCUACAAGCAUGCAAUCACGAAGCCAAAGAAUGAAUGCAGCAGCGCAUUGCAGCUUGGAGUCAGCUUUGCUGGUGGAUAUAUUGCGGGUGUGUCUUGUGCUAUAGUUUCUCAUCCUGCGGAUAAUCUCGUCUCCUUUCUCAAUAAUGCUAAAGGGGCUACCGUUGGCGAGGCAAUUCAGAAACUUGGAUUAUGGGGUCUCUUCACACGAGGGCUGCCUCUACGCAUAGUCAUGAUUGGUACCCUAACUGGAGCUCAAUGGGUUAUCUACGACGCCUUCAAAGUUUCUGUUGGACUGCCAACAACGGGUGGGGUUGCUCCUCCCAUUGCUGCAUCCCCAGAACAUACAACUGCAACUGCGUAGGCUAUCCAAUCAUUGUCACUACUUAACACGUUUUUUUUACUACAAAAUUUACAAGAAAACUCUUGCUGGAAAAAUAUGUAAAAUCAAUAAAUAUAAAUUUAUAAUAUUGGAAAAGGAUAGUUGAGAAAAUUAGGUAGAUAUGGGCAGAGGAUAUGAAUUACUCCACACCCUUGACCUCUUAAAGCGAUCGAAUGAGGCUUUAUAUUUUAGGUCAUGACAUGGCUCUGUUCUUCACCAAAUAUGCGUUGUAUCAUUGUAUAUUGAUUGGUUUACAAAUAUUAAACAAGUCAUGUGAGUUGACAUUUUUCAAUAUGAUUUAAAUUUUAUAUA